GAAUCUGCUGCAGCCGUAGUGGGCGGUGAGUGUGAGACGGUGAGCAGUUUGAACCGUAGCAGCGCCGAGGCGGAAACAUUGAAAUUGUUUCAAAAUUUACAGGCAGGGUGAAAUUAAAUUGUGUAAUUCCCAUCCACAAACACGGUGUCUUUAGUGCUAAAGCCAGGCCUAGAGUGGCGGGGACGGCAGCUUCUUCUGUUUGCCGUCUCUGGGUACGUAAAGCCGGUGUCGCGCAAAGUGAAUCGCUCCCUCCUCCUGAGCUAACUGCUAACUAGCCGCCGAGCUAACGUUACAGCUAGCCGGAACACGGAGCAAGCUAAUCCCGAACACAAAGGACGACUUUGCCCGUGUUUGUCAUAUCGAUCCCGAAUAACUCCGUUGAAUGAGGACUGAGCCUUCUGUGCAGGUUGAUCAUGGUGCUCACAGGGAAGCGCUCGGAGAAAGGUCCUGCCUGCUGGAAGAGGAGGGUGAAGUCUGAGUACAUGAGGCUUCGGCAGCUCAAACGCUUCAGACGGGCCGACGAGGUCAAGAGCAUGUUCAACACCAACCGUCAGAAAAUCAUGGAGCGGACUGACAUUUUGAACCAGGAGUGGAAGACCAGGCGAAUCCAGCCCGUUCACAUCAUGACGUCCGUCAGCUCCUUAAGAGGCACACGAGAGUGUACGGUGGACAGCGGUUUCUCCGAGUUCCCCAAGCAGGUCAUCCCGCUGAAGACGCUGAACGCUGUGGCCUCAGUCCCGGUCAUGUACUCCUGGUCACCGCUGCAGCAGAACUUCAUGGUGGAGGAUGAGACGGUGCUCCACAACAUCCCCUACAUGGGAGACGAGAUCCUGGACCAGGACGGCACUUUCAUAGAAGAGCUCAUCAAGAACUAUGACGGCAAAGUCCACGGAGACAGAGAGUGCGGCUUCAUCAACGACGAGAUCUUCGUGGAGUUGGUCAACGCUCUGUCGCAGUACAGCGACAAUGAGGAUGAUGAGGAGGAGGAAGAACAGGACUUCAAGGUGGACAAGAUGGAGAUGUGUGACGGGAAGGAGCAUCCAGAUGACGCCCGCAAGGAUGGGCUUGUCAACAAUGAGAGCCGAACCAGCAAUGACAGCACCAAGAAGUUUCCCUCUGACAAGAUUUUUGAAGCCAUCUCCUCCAUGUUUCCUGACAAGGGCUCCACUGAGGAGCUCAAAGAGAAGUACAAGGAGUUGACGGAGCAGCAGCUGCCGGGGGCGCUGCCGCCUGAAUGCACACCGAACAUCGACGGCCCCAACGCUCGCUCUGUGCAGCGCGAACAGAGCCUGCACUCCUUCCACACUCUGUUCUGCAGACGCUGCUUCAAAUACGACUGCUUCCUCCACCCUUUCCAUGCAACUCCAAACACCUACAAGCGCAAGAACUUGGAGAACCUGGUGGGAAGUGAACCCUGCGGCAUCGACUGCUACAUGCAUGUGGUGCAGGAUGGGAUGGUGAGGGAGUACCCUGCAGGCGUUGUUGCCGAGCGCGCCAAGACGCCCUCCAAACGCACGGUGGGCCGUCGCCGCGGACGACUGCCCAACAGCAACAGCAACAGCCGGCCCAGCACCCCCACCGUUUCCUCGGAAACCAAAGACACAGACAGCGACCGCGAGGGCAGCAAAGAGGACGAGCGGGAAAACGACAAAGACGACGAGGACAAGAAGGACGAGAACACCAGCAGCUCAGAGGGAAACUCGAGGUGUCAGACUCCUGUGAAGAUGAAGCUGACUGGUGAAGCUGAAGCAGUGGAGUGGAGCGGAGCCGAAGCCUCUCUGUUCAGGGUUCUCAUUGGGACGUACUAUGACAACUUCUGUGCCAUCGCACGGCUCAUAGGCACCAAGACCUGCAGACAGGUUUUCGAGUUCAGCGUCAAGGAGUCGAGCAACAUCGCUCGUGCUCCCGCUGAAGACGAGGACACGCCGCCUAGAAAGAAGAAGAGGAAACACCGACUGUGGGCCACACACUGCAGGAAGAUCCAGCUGAAGAAAGAUGGUUCGUCCAAUCACGUGUAUAAUUACCAGCCAUGUGACCACCCACGGCAGCCCUGUGACUCCUCCUGUCCCUGCGUCACCGCUCAAAACUUCUGUGAAAAGUUCUGCCAGUGCAGCUCCGAGUGUCAGAACCGUUUCCCAGGUUGUCGCUGCAAAGCUCAGUGCAACACCAAGCAGUGUCCCUGCUACCUGGCAGUGAGGGAGUGUGACCCCGACCUCUGCCUGACCUGCGGCGCUGCAGACCACUGGGACAGCAAGAACGUGUCCUGCAAGAACUGCUCCAUCCAGAGAGGAGCCAAGAAGCACCUGCUGCUGGCCCCGUCAGAUGUGGCAGGCUGGGGCAUCUUCAUCAAAGAGCCGGUCCAGAAAAAUGAGUUCAUCUCUGAGUACUGUGGAGAGAUUAUCUCUCAGGAUGAAGCAGACCGCAGAGGCAAGGUCUAUGACAAAUACAUGUGCAGCUUCCUCUUCAACCUCAACAACGACUUUGUUGUUGAUGCCACGAGGAAAGGCAACAAGAUCCGCUUUGCCAACCAUUCUGUCAAUCCUAACUGCUAUGCAAAAGUGAUGAUGGUGAACGGGGAUCACAGGAUAGGGAUCUUUGCCAAGAGAGCCAUCCAGACUGGAGAGGAACUCUUCUUCGACUACAGGUACAGCCAGGCUGACGCUCUGAAGUACGUCGGGAUCGAGCGGGAGAUGGAGAUCGCCUGACUCUGACUUCUACCUCCUGUGGAUCAGCGACACAAAGGCCUUACACACAAACACAAACAAAACACACCUUCACUUCAGGAAAUCCAGGCGACUUGUCAAAAUGCUAGAAAGCUUCAGGAAAACUGGGAAUAUUUGAAGCAGAUUUUUUUUUUUUUUUAAAGAUACUUUUCAUAUCUGUUUCUCGUGUGAUUUUUUUUUUUUCUUUUGUCGACAAAUCUUCCUCUUCUGUCGGGAUGGGAGUUUCGGAUUCAUAAAUCUUCCCUCAGCUGAAGGUGCAGAUCACCUACAAACUGACUCACUUGUUGUCGUGUUUUUUAAAAAAUAUCUACACAGUAAGUGUUCUACAGUGAGAGAAGACAAACCCACGACUGUCUGUGUAAAACUGGCUUUUCAAUUCAAGCUUCAGGGACCAAAAUCCUCCACCAGCCGCUUUCACACAACCGACUGCACUCUGUUUGUACCCCCCCUUCUUCUUCUUCUUCUUCUGUGUGCAGCCACAUGUGGGUCAGUUGUCAGUGUUUUUUUUAUAUAUACAGUGUGAACUGAACCAGCCACACUCCUCAGAGCGCCAGAUCACUGUCUGUCUGUAAAACACGAGGGCGUUCACAAAGCAGCGUCACACCAGAUCCAACACUUUCAGGGCAACGCGGUUCAGUGUUUUGUUCGAGCGUCAACACUUUAUCUGACUUUUUAGAUUCAAGCAAAGUUGAAAUCAAUCUACACAAAAUCGGCAACAAUUUUGAUAACCUGUGCGUCAUUUAAGUUGCUUCUUUUUCUGCUUUUCUUCGUCUUAAGUGUCGAUAAACUUUUAUUUUUAUUACUUGGUUUAUAAAAUAGUAAAAUAAAUAAAACAAUAUAUUCCCAGAGCCUAAACAAGAGUCCAAAAAACCCAAAAUAUUCAGUUUAUAAUGAUAUAAAACAGGAAAAAGAGACAAUUUUCUGGCAGUUGUCGGAUCAAUCACCUGAUUGCCCAACAAUCAUUCAUUUUUUCAAAACAAAACCAACAGGAAAUGAGAAGCAAGUUACUCUUAAUUUGAGCUCCUCGUGAUACCUUCAGGGCACACUGAAAAUCCUGUAAAUCCCAACCACCAAAAACAUCCAGAUCAACCUGGAUAUUUAUGUAUAUUUCUACUUAAAAACCCUGAAAACAGGACGACACGUGUCCACCAACUGUGACUGUUUCAGGCUGUAAAACACGUGCUGUUGUGAUUCUCUGCUUUGUGACGCUGCCUCGGCUUCAGGUGCUACUGUGACGAACGGUUCUAAAACAGAAAACCAGCACACCGUCACUUCGACCACAACAGGAAACUCAAACUGUAGUUUGAUUUUCCUGUACGAGUCUUCAGUGAAUGGUGCUGCUUUUUUUUUUUUCUUCUUACCAAACUUCAACCAAAACCAGACUGAUCCUGAUGAAGGUUUUCAUUCACGUUCUCCUCUGAUGCUCUGCCGUCUCUCCUGUCGUCGGUCUGUUAGUUAAAGUUUUCCUCGGCUGCACUGUGCUCUACUCUUACUCUACUCUUCUCUACAGUGAAGCUGAAACUUCUAGAUUGUAGUUAAACAUGUCGUCUCUCGUUAAACGGCAUAUUUCAGCUCCGGUGUAUUUUCUUAAAGACUGUUUUAGUGAUGAAACUCAGGCUAGACUUUCUGAUCAUACCUAUUUUUUAUGAUCAUUUGUGAGAAGAAACAAAACAAAAAUUCAGGUAUUUACUGAGCUAAGAGCAGAUAUGUCCUGCGUGAAUGGCUGCAGCAAAAAAACCUUCAUUAUCAAUGAAUCUGUCAGUUACUCUUUUGAUUAAUUGAUUCAUUGUUUGGUUUAAAAAAUGUCCAGAAAUAUCAGAGCCCAGAAGUUUUGUCUGACUUUUCAAACAUUUGAGAAGCUGAAGCCAGAGAAUAUUUUCCUUUUUAUGUUUUGUAAAUAACUGCAGCCAAAUAAUCAAUAAUUAAAACAACUAAUCAAUUAACGGACUCAUUGUUUCAGCUCUAAACUAAUGUAAAAGAUUAAAUAUAUCUCUCAGCUUCAUAUAAAUAUUUAUACAACAUAGUGAAUGAAGACAAAACAAUCAUGAUGUUCAGUCUUCUGCUCUGAAGCUUUACUCACUAAAAAAUCAGAAAACACAGAAUCAUGUGAUCAAUCAAUACGAUUCCUCUGAAAACUGAUAAAUGACAGUUGGAGGUUGGGGUGUAAAGUUUCCUUUUCCUCCCUCGGUGACAUCAGAUUUUUAUUUUGUGAUCAAAUACUCUGAUUUCUCAGGUGCUAAUUGGUCAAUGAAAUGAUCUCAUUCAGAAUUAUCUGACUAAUUAAUGAUCAGAACAGUAUUGUGGAUUGAUCAGCUCUAAUUGAGCCCUGAAGUGAACACCUGCUUAGAUUAUGGUUUAUCCCUCUGUGUUGAAUCGAUGUCAGCGUUAAAGCGCUCGAGUCCAGAUUUGAAGGACCCGUGACUCGAGCAGGGACUCGAUUUGAACUUGGACUCAGACUCUACUGUGACGUUAUUCUAAGACUCUCGGACUCAGACUUGAGGAAGACUCUGCGUCGACGUAUAAACCAAACAGGAGACAGAGUAAAGUUGGAGUAGAGCACAGUGAAUCGUCUAAAUCGCCCCGAGGUGUUUGUCGAUGUUUCGCUCUCUGCUGUGCCUUGAGUCCUUAACAGAUCACUCAACAGUCCCGUCUGUAGAUCAGCUGAGUGUCUGAUUAAAGGCUGUUUAACUCUCUGCAUGAUGACGUCUCUUCCUCCUCCUCCUCCUCCUCCUCGUCUGUGCGGUGCUCCGUUAGAGGACCUCAGAUUUCUAUACUGCCUCCUCCACGUGAUGUCCAAUCAGUAUGAUUAUAAUCUUAAUAGUUUUCGGAGCAUUCCUCUUGUUAAAUAAGCCUUUUAAUAACGUACCAACAAUCACACUUUGACUCUUUUUAUCUUCUCCGAUGUGAAUUCUGGUGCUUGCGAAGACGCCACAGACUCUCAGCCUCGUGUCUGAUCGACUUGAAGCAAUACCAGCCUCUAUUUUUUUUCUAUUUUGCCCUCCCUCUUCUCCUUCUUCCUCGCUCCAUCUUCUGCUGAGGAGACGUUCCUCUUUAUCUUCUUUCACUCUCCACCUGUAAUUUAUUACAAACUCCACAGAGACAAACAGAGGGACGUCUCGUGCUGUUGUGUUGUCUUCAGGGGCUCUGAACCCCAAUUAAAAAAAGAAAGAAAAAGAAACAGAAAAAAACCUGGUGCUUCACUUGCAGGGGGUUUCCUACACAUUGUCCUGAAAUGUUUCUGAAAAUUUCCAGGUCAGGAAAAGUUUGUGUGACUAACACGACAUCCUGGUGAUCUGAAUUUCUCAAACAGAAAUGUGUAGGAACCCUUUAAUUUUUUUAUGAGUUGUUGAUGAUCACAAACCUUUUACUGCUGAUUCAUAUGAGCCUUCCUGUGUUUAAUUUCCUCUCAAUGUCGAUGCAUUUGAUUGGGGUGUGACUGCAGUGAUUCCCCUGUGUCCACAGCAGCUGUUUUCAUCUAUAAACUGAUGUUGAAAUCAGAAAUCAGCCGCUGUGGAGGUUCCUUUAAAAGAAUCACAGAGGUGAGGUUUGCGUGCAGGAUGAUAAAGAACCAGCAACUUUUGCAAAUCUCAAAGGUUCAUGGUUGUGUGUAUCUGUGAUCGGAGGGCUGGGUAACAGAGGAGCCGAUCAGAAACAAAACCAACCUCUGAAGUAUCCACACGCCUCUGAAAGUGUUUCUUUUUUGCCUAUGAACAUCAGAUAAUGUGAAAAACAGACAUAAUUUGACUCUUUAAAUGGAGAAAAACAGAUUUGAAGUGUUGCCCGGCCCUCCCUGAAAUCUAAACUGCAGGUUAUUUAUCGUUUCAGACGUCCGCCUGCGUUAACUUUUCACUCUUCUUCUUCUCGUCAAACCAGGACCACUUUUUCCUCCGAUGACACAGGUGCUGAUUUUGUAAUGUUUACAGGGAUUUUUGUUGUUCAAAGUGAUGCAGAUUAAAAUAUUAUAAAUGGUUAA